CAGCAUGUUUCUGGACUGUGGGAGAACCUGGAGGAAACCCACGCAUGUACAGGAGAACAUGGAGACUCCAUGCAGGAAGAUCCCAGGAAGGCUGGGACACAAACCGAGGAUCUUCUAGCUGUGAGGCGACGGAGCUAACCACCAAGCUACUGUGCAGCCUGCUGCUACUAUUAUUUUUUUUAUUGUCUAAUAUUCAGAUUAUUGUCCAGAUGAGUAGUUGAUCAUUCUGUUAAUCGCUUGUCAGAAAAUUGGUUAAAAAAAAAAAAAUACGGGAUGCCAGAUUGAACAGGCCACACACCUGAAUAUAUUGAAUUUGUAAUAGCAACAACAACAACCUGGUUGUGUCACAUUUCUGUGCGUUACAAAAUGUGUUAGGUGGGAAAUAAUAAUAAUUAGAAUUACUAUGAUGUCAAAAACGUACAGAGGAAGGAGAAAAUGAGAUUGAAAACCUAAAUGCAGGAUCUAAAAUCAUAAAGUGGACAUAAAUGCUUUCUUACAGUGACAUAAAAAAACUGAAAAUACACACAUUUGACUUUUUUCUUAAAAAGUGAUGCAUUAGAUGAAAUAAUUGUCAGAAUAAUUCAAACCCAAUUUGCUGUUGCUGUCAGCUGUUUUGUGUAGGUAUUAUGUUUGAAAAUGAGUUAGAAGACCAAAUGCAGUUGUCUUUUGUGCUUUUUUUUAAUUGACUUUUAUUUCUAAAAAUGUAAUUCUCAGUACCUCAGCUAAAAUGCUGUGCAAUUAUGUCUCACUGGGGCAUUCAACAGACUCACUGUCAAAACAACCACUUGUGAUUUCUGCUGUUAAAGUUUUGCAGAGGUUUUAGCUAAGUGUGUGUACAUGUGUAAUUGUGGUGCAUAACCUUUCAUGCUUCUGUUUAAAUUGCUUGAAGCGGACCAGCGGUCAUCAAGCUUUCUAUAUCAGCAGAACGAUGGUGCCGCCGCUGUUUGCUAACAUGGUUCACUUUGUGUGUCUCUGCAGGGGGAGGUGGUGCACUGGCUGGCCUGUUGGCUGGAUGCAGCCUGCAGGAAGGGCUCCACUCCCACAGUGGGUAAAGGACUGAUGGAGGGAGGAUCCUUCACUCGUCCAAACUCAGUCUGAUCCAGUUCUUCUCUAAGAUGAGGAAGUGGGCCGACAUGUCCAACCUCUCGCAGGACUUCAGGCUACAAAUGGAUGGCUGGAGCGAAACUUUGAGGUCUCCACCGUGAUCUUCCGCAAGUUUGAUGUCUUGAUUUAGUAAUGAGUCGUGGCCCCUCCAGUCAGGAAGCAGCAGCGGAGAGCUCUCUGGAUCAGGAGAGGCCCAGGCCGAGGCCCUGUGGUGGGGACACCACCUGCAGGUGGCGCUGGUCAACACGGUGGCCUUCAGGGGCAUCUGGCAGAAGCAGUUUCUGUUCACCAACUCCCAGAACCUGCCCUUCAUCCUGUCUGAUGGGACUCCCAUCAAGGUGCCCAUGAAGUACCAGGCUGCAGAGGUCAGCUUUGGUCAGCUCAGGACGGGAUCGGAUCAGCGCUACACGGUUCUGGAGCUGCCGUUCCUGGGCCGCUCCCUGAGCCUGCAGGUGCUUCUACCCAGCGAGAGGAAGACGCUACUGUCCUCCCUGGAGGCUCAGCUCACACAGCGCCACCUAGCGUCCUGGGACACCGGCCUGCGCAGAACCAGGAUGGACAUCUUCCUCCCAAGAUUCAGAAUGCAGAACAAGUUCAACCUGAGGUCGGUGCUCCCCGCUAUGGGCAUCAGCGACGCCUUCAACCCCACAGCAGCCGACUUCACCGGGAUCUCAGUGGAGGAGGGUCUCUAUGUGUCUGAUGCCUUCCAUGAAGUCAGGAUAGAAGUCACGGAGGACGGGACCAAAGCAGCUGCUGCUACUGGGAUGGUCCUCCUCAAAAGAUCCCGAGAUCCAGUUUUCAAAGCAGAUCGGCCGUUCUUAUUUCUACUGCAACAGGUUCACACAGGUAUUUACUUCACAUCAUACAGAUGUUUUCAAUGUUUUAGUCUAGAAAAGCACCCUAGUCAGGGUAUGCUGUUUGACAUUUUAGUUUUAGUAUGAAAAUAAAUAGAUCUUUGAAUGAGUUGCACUGAUCAGACACUACAGAAAUACUCAGUGGAGCAGACAGGUUUGAGCUGAGCAUCAACAGGUGACCUAUCCUUGAGCUCCUGGAGGGUUUUUGUGAACAGAAGCUUUGGAACACGUGUGUGAAUUACUCCUGUUGGACCUUCUCUCUCAGAAGUUUAAAAAUGAAAUUAAUAAAUGAUCUGUUUCU